AUGGCAAUGCCACCUACAUUAUGGGUGGCUUGGAUGCAGAUGCUCGGAGCAUUGACUCAGAAGAAGAGCAACUUAAAGGUCCAUUUCGACAAUGAUGUUGAGACCGCAGAUGCAGAAAGCCACACAGAUCUUCCCUCACAGGAGCCUCUCAGUUUUCCUGCUGGCAUAGUGACAUCGAGCACUCUGUGCCUGUCACCAACUGUGGGAUAUGCAGAUCAUGGAAGUGUUCGACUGCGAGAUGAAGAUGGAGGAGAAAGCCCCAGAGCUACUGCAAGAUCCCAUCCCAGAGCAGAAGCCCAGUCGCAGAACAAAGAUAUCAGGUUCCUCGAACUAGAAGCCAAGAAUCUGGUGGAGAUCGUUGGUGCGAUGAGUCAGGAAGUAGAGAAUGUCAUUGAAGAGUCUGACAGCCCAUUGCCUCGCAAUGAGGUGCUCACUCGUACUCGAGAGUCCACCACGCACAUGGCUGAGGAUCUCAUCAAAUUUGACAGGUUGUCUGCCAUCAUCAACAGCUGGAUAGCACUAGUGAAACUCAGGCUAGCAUUGGUGGAAGUUGUCGUGCCCACAUGCCCACCCUUGCAGAGUGGAACGCCGGCGAAGCUUGCAUGCCAGUCUGCAUCUGCCAUCAAGAGUGUCGAGAAGGAUGUUCACAUACUUUGA